GGGAGACUAGGUCAAUGUAAUACUUUUCCCAAACACGUCAAGACCUGUCCGAUCGUUUGAAAUGUAUUAUCACAAUCUUUUAUAUUAUAACUCGUGAAUGAUAACACGUACGAGACUUAAAACAGUUUCGAAGAAUUUCUUUCAUAACCAGUCAAAGCACACACACACACACCAUACACACAAACAAAUACGGCAACAAUUGGCCGCGCAUGCGUCAACGACUCUAUAUAUAUAAGGGACACGCGCGAAGUUUCCUCAUUUGAUUUCAAACUGUGGCUGUGUCAUAACAUUAGUCAUUAGUAAAGUUGUGUAAACAUUGGUUCAUAAAUCGUGUUUGAUAACUGUGAAGUGCUGAUAACGGUAAACGCCAUCAAAGGUAUCUACGGACUUGUGCGAACUCAAGUAAAAAUUCGCGGUUACGGGUGCCCCGAGUCACCAGAAAUUUUUGAAAAUUUGAAAAGUGUUAGAAUAUCAAGCAAGAUGUGUAAAGAUUCAGUGGUGGCUAUGACAACGGAGUCUUUCAGCAAAGUUGCCGCCAAAAGCUCCGCGGGUCAGUGCAUGGCCUCCGUUCUGCUCUCGGCCCUGUGCGAGCGCCGCCUCACCGUGGGGUUGCCGGCCGCCGUGCGCCACCUGUCCGCCAAGGGCGAAGCCCUGUUCGUGGUGACCUGCGGCGCGCCCCCCGGAGACAGCGCCACUCACAUGCUGGACGUGCUGCUGCGAGCCUUCUGUAUAGAGCACGACAUCCACGUUUUGGAGGUGGACUCGGAGCGUAAGCUGAAGCGUCUCCUGGGCGUCGAGUGUUCUUCGUCGGUGGGCUGUGUGGUGGUCCACUCGCCGUACGCGGACCCCUUCAGCGACAGCGCCGCCGCCCCUCUCUCCCCCAAUGAGCGGAGCCUGGUGUCUCUGUGCGAGGAGCGCUCGGCGCCGCCCCUGGUCCGUCUGCCGGAUAAGUGAGCAGCCCGGGGUCCGCUGGACACACUCUCUGACUGGACUGCGCACGAGACGUCCUCUCUCGUAGUUUGUGAUGGAUUGUUGAACUCUGUCUGCCCGAAAGGCUUGUUUUUUGUAAUAAACAAAAGUUGUCAAACAAUCUCCACGUCAUCUGUUUCCUAGAAGACGUCGAGCUCUGUAUAUGAAGUAGUGUGUGAUCAAAGUCACCGUAGAACGCUUUGUAUGUAUAUGUCACUAGCUCCUGCAACUGUCUGAACUUCAGAACUCUUUACUUAUUAAUACUGACAAGCAAAUGUCCAAUGAUUAGUCUACUGUAGUCUGUGGUUCAAUGUUUUGUACAUUUCUACAUUUCUUACAAUAAAUGAAUUUUAUAAUAUA